AUGGACGAGAUUAUUUUUGUCAAUCAACCUCCCAGUUCACUAUUAAACGCUGCAUUUAAUGCUGUUUCCGGAUUCGAAAAUAUUGAUCCGAAACGUCUAGACUCUUGUGAAGUUAUUAAGCUAUAUCCAUUGAAGCCUUCUAGAGACAUUUGUUUUGUGCUUGCUCGCUUUGAUGGUGAAUGCUACGACCAUCUUCGAUCACUUGGAGUCUCAAUUUAUGGGCCUCAAGUCAUCCUACAUUACGUAAGAGAGAAUAAGCCGUUACCUAAUCUUCCAUAUCCACUAUUUUCAACGGCCCUCCUUAAUGCUACUGCCACAGUUACAUCUGUAGCCGGAGCCCAGCGGAAGCAAAUAUUUGAUUCGAUACAAAUGUUACAUGGUUCUGUGUCACGGGACUUAACGGAUAAUGUGAAUGUUAUAGUUACAGCCAAAGUUGGUUCAAAAAAGUACUUAGUGGGUGCGAAUAGAAAUCUUCAUAUUUUACUUCCUGACUGGAUCACCGAAGCCUGGCGUCUUUCAGAGAUUCAAGAUCCUAUCGAUAUGAUGUUAGGGAUUUACACUGAGAAGUAUCGUGUCCCGAUCUUUUCUCAACUUGUUAUUUGUGUUUCGGGUUUGUCUGUAGAAGAGCGCAAAGAGGUAUCUGAUUUAGUUUCCAAACAUGGGGGAAAGUACUCAGGUGUAAUGAAGAUAGGUGAAACAACGCAUUUAGUAACUAAGCAAGCAUCAGGAAUAAAGUAUGUUCAUGCUAAAAAGUGGAAAGUACAGAUAAUAAGUAUCAAAUGGCUUAUCGAUUCAGUAGACAAAGGAUAUGCUCUUGAUGAGGAGGAUUAUCGAGUCGACCAAGUAAAGACAAAAUCAUCGACACCAACUCCAAACACGAAACAGAAUGAUAUCUCCUUUGAUAAUAUAUCAGCAAUUAGUUAUGUUGGUGCUGCUUCUAAAGUUGACGAGACUCAAAGUGUAUGCUUCAGGGAAAGUACACAAGUUGUUAGCAUUCAAAAUGGUAGUUCUAUCCUUUCUGGCUGUUCGAUCAGACUCUCUGAUUGCAACAAGGAUGAGAUUCAGUUGUACUCGUCAAUUGUUAGAGAAUUAGGUGGCAAAUUGUUCACAGAAUUAUUCGACCAGGUUACAGAAAUGCUUACUCACGUAGUUGUUGGAAGUGUGCAUAGUUUUAAUUUUCUGUCGAAAGAAAAAGGUGUUAAGUACAUCAGUGGAGCUUGGUUACUUGCAUGUCGCGAUUCAAAGUUCCGUAUUCAAGAAGACGAUUAUCUAAUUCCUGAUACGAACGAAAACUGUGAAAAACUUGAAGACAAAGUUGACGUCACUGUAAGAAAUAUGGAUUCAUCUGACUAUCAGUUAAUCAAUCAGUAUUUUGCAGGUUGUGCAGCAGACGAUGAAUUUCGGGAUAAAACUUCUGAAACAAGAGAGUCUACCCAAGGUUUCGCCAAAACUGCUAUCAAUCCCGAAACAGCUAACGAGAUUAGGCAUUCUGAGAUUUCGGAAAUAAAUUUCUCUGGAGGGUGUUUUUUAAACCUCGUAUUCUCUUUUCACAAGGAAUUAAGUGAUACAGAUGUUGACAAAUACACUGGUAUAAUUAAAACAGCUGGAGGUUGUAUCUCUGAUGAUGAGCAGAAUGUGAAUUUUUUAGUUACUCCAUUUUUCGUCGUCGACCUUCCUCAAAUUAGCUCCUGUAAACUUGUUACUAUUGCGUGGAUUUCGUAUUGUAUUCACGAAAAGAGUCUCUGUUUGCAGGAAAUUGGGAAAGAAUAUGCAUUUAAACCCGUAUUACGUAAACCAGGUCCACCACCGUUAUCUGGAUGUGUUAUUUCACUCAGCGGUUUUGUAGGAAAUGAUAGGAGUUUAUUAACUUCAUAUGCUCAAGCUCUAGGAGCUGUUGUCCAAGAAUGUUUCCUACGCAAGUCAGUACCGUCUAGGAACCUCGCUGCUAGUACCCAUCUAAUUGCUGCCAAACCAGAUGGCCGAAAGUGGCCGGCGGCUCAACAAUGGGGUCUUCCGGCUGUUAAUCGUCUUUGGCUUUAUAAAUGUGCCGAGACUUGGAGUUUAGUAAAUGAAUGCGAAUUCCAAGUAUGCGAUACUACUAAGAAUCCGAGAAUUAGUAUGAACGAAAAUUUAACCGUAAGUUCCAAAGAAAUGCAGGUUGGAGAAUAUGGCAUGUUGAAAAAUACUUAUGAUUUCCCUAAAUCGACUAGUGAUAAAACCACUGAAAGUCCUCAAUAUAACCUAGCACUUAGCAACCUAGCUGACACAAUGCAAACCCCUGAUUGGCUUCAAGAUUUUCGCGAAGGUUGCUUAUCAAAAUUAAAUUCCUCACUCCAUUCUUCGAGUUAUUUAUACAAACCGUCCCCAACUUUUUCUGCUCAACUGUCCAGAUGCUUGAAAAAUGCAGUCCAAGAAACAUCAGCACUACCCAAAAGAAGGUUAGAACAUUCAGAUCUAGCUAAUGAAGAAAAUAACUUGUGCUUACGAGGAGUGGUAAUAUGUGUGGCAAAACACUUAAGCUCUCGCCAAGUGGAGUUAAAUGAAAUUGUGAAAAAACUAGGUGGAGAUUUCAAAUGGACUUACAAUCCUCAGGUUUGUACACAUUUGAUCUCUGAAACUUCAUCCGAUGACAUUUUACUCCCAUCAACACCGUCAUCCAGUAUAUCGGUUACACCGAUUACUUGUCCGGCAGGUCAAGUCAUGUAUACCGAUGUAGCCGCUGCCAAGCAAGAUGGAAAAUAUCUGGUCAAUCCAAAAUGGUUAACUUCAUGUAUGGAAGCCUGUCAUAGACUACCGGAGAGUGAUUUCCCUCCUACAUACCCGGAUGGGAAAAUGUCUGUCAGCAAAUCUCCAGUAGAACCACAACCAAAAGUAGCACGUGUCGCUUCCGUAAAUCUUUUGGGAGAUAUUAAUCGUCGAUUGGAAAUGAUGAUUACUGGGAGUAAAACUAACUGCUUUCAGAAUGAAACUAAAAAUAAUGUCAAGGAAAAUGUAGAUCCGAUUCUCGACAAUGACUGUAAUCACCAACAAUUUUUAAAUAUAGGUCAAAAUUUGGCGAAUGGCGACUUCAUUAAUUCUCCAUUUUCAUCAGUUCCUAUGGGUCAGAGACGUCUCAGACGAAAUCCUCGUCGCAGCAAUUACUCUACUAUUCAUUCAAAUACUAGUAUAACUUCCCAUGAGUCAAAAUUAGACAGCGGUAAUAGUGAUAGAUCAAACGUAGAAAACUUAAACAAUCCGAAUAACAAUGUUGAUUCGGUACAAGCUGGUCAAAUGAUCAUGGUUCGGUGGAAGUACGAAGAUGACACUCUACAUCAGACAACAGCAACUGGUGCUGAUCUUAUAGUUUCGAAAGUAAACUGUGAACAGAAUCAACCUGAAAAGAAAAUCGAACAGAUAUUGUCAAAAGAGAUUACACAAAAAUCAGAUAAUCAGUCAUCGUUCAAGUCACCGAUGCAUCAGCAGCCCGAUUGUCUAUCACCUAAACCAAACUAUGUAAUUUCUUUCACUGGCCUGUCAUUAGACGAACGAGAUCAUUAUGCAGAAAUUGUGGAACGAUUAGAUGGAGAAGUAGAUAAUCAGACUACAUUAAGCGAGAAAACUACACAUUUAAUUGUGUAUACACCAACACGAAGUGAAAAAUGCCUUAUCUGCCUCGCUUCUGGCAAGUGGAUGUUGCACAAAUCCUACUUAGACGCGUGCUCGCGGGAAUCUCGCUGGGUUGAUGAAGCACCAUAUGAGUGGGGUGGUCCUGGAACUGAACCCUUAUUGAUGCAGUUAAGCCCGUUUCCUCGUUCGCCUGGUGGUCCUACAAUAUUACGUCAACAGAAAGCUGCUCAGAUUAGAGAUUUAGCUAGAUCUGCACGUCGUUGGCGGUUGGCUGGAGGCAAAGCGUUUCAUGGUUGGAAGGUCAUUUUUGGACCUGGUUGUGAUAAAGAAAGUAGUUUCAGACGUGUUAUCGAAGCUGGUGGAGGGAAAGUAUUAUCAAGCAAUCCGCCAUAUCCUCCUCCUCAUGAAGUUACUCAUGCAUUUUUUAAAACAAGUGGUACCUCUGCUAACACACUUUCUACCUUACCACGCAACUACUCGUGGCUGCGCAUAGAUUAUCUCUGUUCCUACUUGAGUGCUGAUCAAGAGAUCUCAAAAUCUGAAUUCGCACUUUAA